GGAACUUGCACCGGGUGCUGGCGGCCGCCGAGGGAGCUUGACUGCUCGGCGCCAGGCUCUAGGACGCAUUGUCGCGGCACAGACCCCUUUGUGAGAAGCAGGCCGGCCUGGAGGCUGGGAGCAGAACACCCACGUCUGCAUGCUGAGGAAGAUGGGAGAGGCCGUGGCCAGAGUUGCGAGGAAGGUCAACGAGACAGUGGAAAGUGGCUCCGACACCCUGGACCUGGCCGACUGCAAGCUUGUUUCUUUCCCCAUCUGCAUCUACAAGGUCCUGAGGAAUGUCUCUGACCAGAUCCAUCUCAUCACACUGGCCAACAAUGAACUCAAGUCCCUCACCAGCAAGUUCAUGACCACCUUCAGUCAGCUUCGAGAGCUACACCUGGAAGGCAACUACCUCUGUCGGCUCCCCAAUGAGGUCAGCAGCCUGCAGCACCUCAAGACCAUCAACCUGUCCCGGAACCAGUUUCAAGACUUCCCCGAGCAGCUGACCACCUUGCCAGCACUGGAGACUAUCAACCUGGAGGAGAAUGAGAUAGUGGCAGAUGUUCCGGUGGAGAAGCUGGCCACCAUGCCAUCUCUUCGAGUCAUCAACCUGCGUCUCAACCCACUGAGUGCUGAGGUGCGCGUCAUUGCCCCGCCACUCAUCAAGUUUGAUAUGCUCAUGUCUCCAGAGGAUGCACAGGCCCCUCCACCUUAGGACACACUCUCAGUGCUCACCCAGCAAGGGACAAAGGCUACUGGCCUGCCACCCUGAGAGGAGGGAGGCCCAUGGGAGGCCAAGCUUGGGGUGCGGGGUGGGUGGGCAAGACAGCAUACAGCAGGAGGGGCACAGCUAAGCCAGGGUGGGUAGCUUAGUACUGUAGUGAGCCCUGGUGCUCCAGAGAGAGGAAGUAGGUGGAGCUAGAGCCUGGGCUCGGGCACUCAUGCUGCUGUGCUGACUUGGGCAGGUCUCUUGUUCUCUCUGGACUUGAUUACUUGGGAGGAGGAAGGGUCAUGGAGAGCCUUUCCUGCUUGGGACCCCCUCAGAGGUUCUGUCUCACAUCAUCAGACACCCUCUGAGCUCAUGGAUGUGCCUCGCUGGGCAUUUCAUGGACCUUAUGAUUUGAAGCUUCUUCCUAGUGUAAGAGCCUGUUGCCAUCCUGAGAGCAGACCACCUCUAUCUAUUUAUUGCCUUCUGAGGACUGAACACAGUGACACCCUUCUUGGUGCCAUGUCCUGGCCAUCGGGGUCCUUGCACUGGUCAGAGGCCGACCCUGCCUAGACCCUGUGGUUGGGCCCUGUGGCAGGAGUUUGUAUGAAGGACCCCAUGGACAUCUGGCCAGGGUACAGAGGGGCAGCUCCUGGCAACUCAUUCUUGUCACAAGACAUUGUGGGGAGGACAUUCUAUGGACGCUGCUCUAUCCCUCCCUGAGAACUGUCUGAGGUAACCUGGCAUCACCCACAGGGCCACAGGUGAGGUGGCCUAGAGAAGACAAAGCCAUCUGCACCUGUGACUCUGACCUGAGAUCUUGGGUGACCUCCUUCACCGUGGCCUUUCUCUUGUGGCCUCCCUCUGGCAGCAACCUGGUUGCCUGGCCCUGGCUCAGUAACAUCAACCUCAAGGCCAUCACCAUAAUCACCAGUGACUUGCCAUCUUGAGGACCUUUGCCCGUGACCUGGGGGGUAGCUGUCCCAUUGUGCCUAGAACUGUGGCAUUUCCCAGGAGGUGGUUGGGUCCUUGCCCCCUGGUAAGGCCUGUACUUGGGGAUAUCUCUGACCCCUCAAUCUGUAUGUGUCUACCUCCUCACCUGAGCAGCAGGUUUAUCAGCUGCCCUCCCCCCAGGCCUGCCUAGUCGACACCUUUGUGUAGAUCUGUGAAGGCCAUGGAGGCGCCAGGACACAGGCAGUGCUGGGCCACUUUGUCGCUAAGGUUUCACAGUUUAGAAUUUAACACUUGCUCAGAGAAGAAAUCCAUCAAAGAGUUUGUCUGGGUCCCUGUCCCCUCACACUUAGUAAGGUUGCCACAGGAGCAUUGCUGGCACACACCACUGAAGGCUGUGUAUCCUAAGAAAAACUGUCCAUUCUGCUCUCAUCCAGAGGCUAGUCAGCCAGACAAGGAGGUAGACAUGGGUCAAGCAAGGGCCAGGUGCAGCGAAGACCGGACUGGCUCCUUCCACCCUGGGUCUCUGACUUGGGGGUUUGAUCUUGUUGAAGAAGAGGGGGUCUUCUCUGGGAUGUCAGGGGUACCCUAUGGUUGGAGGCUGGCAUGUGUGGACAGGCUAACACCAGCUUGCUGGAAAUGCAACCUCCUGUGGUGCACACCUGUGAUCCCAGCCCUUGGGAGGCUAAGACUGUAGGUGUGUGGGCGUGAGGCCAGCCAGUGCUGCAUACCGCAAGCCUGUGUCAACGCAACAGCAGCAGCAGGCGAACAAAAAUAGUGACAAAGAGAAGAUAGUGUUAUACACGGUGGUGCCCACUGAUAAUCCCAGCCCUCAGAGAACAGAAGCAGAAGGGUCAGGAAUUCUAGGCCAGCCUCUGCCUAGAGUAAAGAAUCCAUGGGCUGUGUGAGACCCUCUUCAGUAAAGUAAAAGGGAAACUAAAGUGUAGACUCUCAGACCUUACAGUAGUGUUUAGGUUUUUCUUUUCUUUCUUUCUUUUUUUUUUUUUUUUUUUUUAAUAAGACAGAGUUUUUCUGUGUAGCCUUGGUUGUCCCGGACUCACUCUGUAGACCAGGCUGGCCUCAAACUCACAGAGAUCCACCUGCCUCUGCCUCCCUGAGAGCUGGGAUUACAGGUGUGCACCAGCGUGCCAAGCUUGGAGCUGUGUCUUAACAAGAACCAUAGCGGACUCCUUCGGGAAUGUCAGUUUUAAGAAUCAGCCGAGGUGGACUGGGUGUGUCCUCACAGUGCGGAGUGAAGGGUGUCCCCCUACUUCCAUGGCUCUGAGGAACAGCCAUAAUGUGACUGGUACCUGCUAACUCAGCACUGGGGGCCCCUUCGCAUCUUAAAUAGUUUCUCAGUCUUCUUGUCGCUGGAAUGGUCAUGAUUUCGGUCACCGGAUGACGGUCAGGUGUGCUCUGUUCCCCCCCCCCCCCCCCCGUUAUCCCUGCAUGCCAAGCGGGGUUGCGCCUGGAAGUUGUUCUCUACGCUGCCUAGCCAUUACUUUCUGGCCGGUCAGGGCAAGCUUGGGCAGUCAGAAACCUCCGGAUCCAGGCUUACAGUGUGAAAAAGCACUUUGCUUCAGUCUGCAAUAAAGGAUGUUGUGUCAGUCUCA